GUCAUGCUACGGAAGUGCUGUCUCACGGAAGUAGCGGCGUGUGGGCCCCGGUCAAUUUUUAAGUGACUCCGGCGUUAGGAAACUACACAAAACAGACACACAAGUGUGUUACAUGUGAAUACGUGACACUUUGACAAGCUGCGGUGUGACAAUGGGAGCAAACAACAGUACCCGCCGCGUGUCAUUUGAGUCAGACGAGAACGAGAAUGUAACGGUGGUGAAGGGCAUACGGCUCUCUGAAAAUGUCAUUAACCGCAUGAGGGAACCUGUAACUCCUCCUAAACGUCAACAAGCUCCCUCUCCACCUCCUUCAAAGGCACCUCCACUCACUCCUUCUCCUCUCCUGCGGCCAGUGCCUCCCCUCCUUGAACCGAUCACCUCCUUGCCUCCCCUCUCUCCUCUUCUUUUAGAACUUGCUCCUCCAGCUCCUCCUCCAUCUGCUCCAUUCGUCACAGAGCCAGUGGCUGCACCUCCAGCACCUCCCCCCCAACCUCCUCAAGAAAAGGUAGUGGCUCCCACUAUCCAUGACAUGGUGCCCCCAUCCUCAUCUUUGCCUUUGUUGCUCCCUACACCCCCUGCACCUGCUCCCCACGCUGCUUCAGCUACAGUGGAAGAGAUCCCUCCACUUGCACCUGUACCUGCUCCCCAUGCUGCUUCAGCUACAGUGGAAAAGAUACCUCCACUUGCACCUGUACCUGCUCCCCAUACUGCUUCAGCUACAGUGGAAGAGAUCCCUCCACUUGCACCUGUACCUGCUCCCCAUGCUGCUUCAGCUACAGUGGAAAAGAUACCUCCACUUGCUCCUCCUCCUGUAACAGAAUCUAAUACUCCUUUCCAUGUGAUUGAAUCCAUCGCUCCUCUAUCUGUAUCUGAACCCAUACCAUGUCCUCUCCCUGCCAAGACUGAAGCCGUUGCUUUUCCCCUUCCUCCUCCGCCUCCUCUAAAUUCAGAAACCCUCUCUUCCCCUCCUGUUUUUGAGCCUGCCACUGCCCUGCCAGCACCUCCUCAUCCCCCAGGAGAUGCUUUACCCCUGCAGCCUGCUAAGCCAUUUACUUCACCUUCCCUACAUGAGUUUACCACUUCUUGUGAUCCAGUUGCUCCUCCUCCUCCUCCUCCUCCUCCUCCUCCUCCUCCUCAGGUCCCUGUAGAGCCAGUAUCCCCAGCUCCAGCUCCUGAACCAGUGGUAGUUCCUGAGUCAAGUCCAGCCCCUCCACCUCCUCCUCCACCAGUUGUUGACGAAGAGGCCCUGAGGAAGGAGAUCUCUGAUGAACUGCAUAAAAGCUUUGAGCAAGAGAGGGCCAAGGCAGAGCAGGAGCUGCAAGCCUGGUUGGAGAAGGAGAAGGCCCGGGCAGCAAAACAGGCCAGCACUGACGCGCAGUCCCUCGUCCAGAAUGAAGUCUCCAAGAUCCUGUCUGUGGAGCGCGCCUUUGCUCAGGAGAACCUUCAGCAGGCCGUCAUACGGGAGAGGAUCGCCACUGAGGACGAGAAGCUCCGUGCUCAGCUCUUUGCCAAGCAGCUGGAAGCCCGAGAAGCAGACUUACAAAAGCAGGAUGCUUUCUACAGAGAGCAGGUGGCGCGGCUGGAGGAGAGGAGUGCUCAGUUCUUCAAGGUCACCACAGAGAACUUCCAUAAUGCUGCAGACCAAGUGAACGCCAAGUACAAGCGUUACGAGGCGUAUCCUGUGUGCGCGGACCUGCAGGGUCAGAUCCUUGCGUGCUACAAAGAGAACGUCGGAAAAACCCUUCACUGCUCUAACAUCGCAGCCCUUUACCUACAGUGUGUCAACAAUGCCAAACAGAACAAGUCGAGGACCGGGGGUUAAUGAAAGAGGGAGGAAGAGAGAGGGAGCAAAGAAGAGUUUAUUGUGUGGGAUUACUGAUUAUUGACCUACUGACAGACGGGCCAAACCACAGAGACGGAGGGAAUGAAUCAGCACCAACACCCACACACACACACACACACACGCUCAAAUCCCUGUGACUGAUCCAGACUAGUAGCUCCGAACACAGCAUCCCAAAUGAGAAAUAGACACACUCUCUCUCUCUCAAAUUGUAUCCUCUUCCCCCCUCCUCUUUAAACCUUUGUCUAUCUCACCUGUAAGAAUGGCAGUGAUGCACUGAUGCUCUUCGCCAUUUUGGAGACACACGAGUGACCUACAGGGUCCAACCUUUGCUUGAGCUUGGCUCGCUGAAAGUUGAGCCCGAACCACCUCAAGCCUUUCAUUCCCACUCCUUCCUACUGCCUUUAGAAAAUAAAAAAAAAAGUCUAUUUUUGCAAAUCAAAGUCAGUCCUAACUACAGUUUUCCUGUACACAGACACCCAUGUGUGCAUUUGUGUGUUAUAUUAUUAGUGUAACAAAUCUGCGUGCGUGUGAGUUUUUCAUCCAGACCGACACUUGUGACAAUGUCUGGUUAGAAGAAAUAAAAGCAGGAAAUGUUGUCCUCUAUAAAUAUUUAGCGGGCUCUUUCUGUGAAGUUCAAG